GAAGGGAAGGGAAGGGGCGGAGCCGGCCCGCCGGGGCAGGCACAGCGCGGCGCGGGGGCGGCAGGUAGCGCUGCCUGCGGAGCGGCCCGGGGCGGCCGGACGGGACGGGACGGGACGGGACGGGACGGGAGGGCGCCAGGCGCAGCCAUGGGGAAGGUGCAGCUCUUCGAGAUCCGCCUGGGCGAGAGCCGGGUCAUCUACAGCCCCGGAGAGCCGCUGGCCGGCACCGUCACCGUGCGCCUCUCCGGCUCGCUGCAGUACCGAGCUAUCAAGGUGAGCUGCGUUGGAUCCUGUGGGGUGUCUAGCAAGGUCAAUGACACAGCGUGGACCGUGGAGGAGCAGUACUUUAACAGCACGCUCUCUCUGGCAGACAAAGGGGUCCUGACAGCUGGAGAGCACACCUUUCCCUUCCAGUUCCUGCUGCCAGCCUCUGCUCCUACGUCGUUUGAAGGCCCUUUUGGCAAGGUCCUCCAUCAGGUGAAAGCUGUGAUAGACACGCCUCGCUUCUCCAAGGACUACAAGUGCAGCAAGAUCUUCUAUGUCCUCUGCCCACUUAACUUGAAUGACAUCCCUGAUAUCGAGCAGCCCAACACUAUGUCAAUCACAAAGAAGUUCAACUACAAGCUUGUGAAAAGCGGCAACAUUAUCUUGACUGCCACCUCAGAUCUCAAAGGGUACAUCGUGGGGCAAGCAAUUCAGCUUCGCACGGACAUAGAGAACAAAUCUGGCCGCGACACUGGGGCUGUGGUGGCCAGUCUGCUCCAGAAAGUGGCUUAUAAAUCCAAGCGCUGGAUUUAUGACUUGAGGACCAUUGCAGAGGUGGAAGGCUCAGGAGUGAAAGCCUGGAAACAUGCAGAAUGGAGGGAGCAGAUUCUUGUUCCGGCAUUGCCCCAGUCCAUUCUGCAGGGCUGUAGUCUCAUCCAUAUUGACUACUACAUCCAAGUUUCUCUGAAGUCGCCAGAGGUUUCGGUUACUCUUCCCAUUUAUAUUGGUAACAUUGCUGUGAACAGGGUCCCUCUCAGCCCCUCCCGGUCAGCCCCGCACAUACCGUCUGCUGUGGUACCCAGUGCCCCCCCGGAGGAGGAGGAGGCUGCCGGUGGUUAUCACCCGAUGGACAACGUUUCAAUCCCCACCAAAAGCCAUUCCCAGCAGCAGCCGUUUAGCUAUGCCCCAGGACUGAGCUUCCAGGAAAUAAGGCUGGACUCGGAGCAGACAGGCUCCCCAAACCAUCCCACGCUCUGCCUGUCAACGGGAGCCACUGUCCCUUAUUAUGCUGAGGGGAACGUGGUGCCUGUUCCCACAGCCAGCUCUCUCAUUUUGCCUCCGGAGUACAGCACGUGGGGCUACCCAUACGAGGCACCUCCAUCCUAUGAACAGAGCUGCAGCAGUGCCAACUCCAGCAUCAGCAAUGGCAACUAGCCUCCCUGCUUCGAGUCCCGUUGGUGCUGCCCGCCCCCAGGCACCACGGGUCACCUGCCGACUGCGAAGUCUGGUACAGCACAAGGCGUCUUUUUAUCUCUGUGGCUGCUUGGCAGGGUAAACGGUGCAUCCCAACUUGGGCUUUUUUAGUCUCUUUCUUGGGAGGGAACAAAAAAAAAAAAAAAAAAACAACCAACCAAAAAGGGCAGCCAGAGCAGCCUGUGUGUGCGUAGGAGAGGUCUGGGAAACGGAGCCGCCUCCUUCUGCUGCACAGAGUGCUGCAGAACUGGUUUUGCCCCAGGGAUGGCCUGUGCAGCAGCCUGCGUUUAAAAUACUGUAGUCAACACUAACUGCUUUACUAUCAAAGCACCUGCGAUGCCUUAUUUGAAACGCUCCUGACUUGGCAUGUCUCCACUGUAGGCGAAGGCUGGGCUGCGUGGACUUUCUCUUCUCUUUUGUGGGCCACAUACUCUCCAGAAAUGUUUUUGACGGCCUCCCCCCUUGUCCUUAUAGGUCUUAAGGGUAGCUGAAACGGGAGGUUUCUUGGAGUAAGCAGGUUCAGAAGGUGAGGGACUUUUAACAAGCCGAAAGCACAAGCCCUUGUUGAUAUACCUGUGUUGUGGGGUGAGCAACUGGCAGCCUUCAGCCCUCUCGCAGCGGGCUGGACCGCUGCCUGCAUGUGCAGAGUGGAGAACAGGCUCUGGUGGCAGGGAGCUCACUGUGGUACUUCUAGCAACCCGAGAGGCCCUGAUGUGCUGUGGAAGGAGAGCCCCAUGUUGUUAGCGUGGGUGUCCAUCAACCUGCUUCUGGCCGCCUUCGGCAAGAGCAGCUUCCCAGAAGCCCUGUGGCCUGCUGGUCUCCAUCCUUGCUGCUAGACCUGCAGCACGCAGGAUAAACAGCGCGACUCGUUCUGCCGGGGUGGGGGGGCAGAUCCCCGAUGUCCCAUGUCCCACACCUGCGGGGUGCCCUCUCCCUCCCCGCUGCCGCUGCCUUAGGCAGGCCAGAACUAUGUGACAAUCAAGCUACAAAAGUCGGUCUGAUGCUACCUCUGAGUCUGCCCAAGGACCCUGUCCGUGGAAGCCCUUUCCUCUGAGGUGACCCUCCUUCACGGCUCAGCCUGGCGUCCCUCGCAGGAGCGGUCCGCAGUGCCGAGCGAGUGCCCAAGGGCACUUGGCCUGGGGACCGUUCUCUCUGCGAGCUGGCACUGGUUUACUGCUUGUGUCCUGAGCCGCUUCUUGAGCCACAGCAGGAUGUGAAAACGAGUGAGAGGGAACACAAACUGCUAUGCCUCAUUUGCAACCUCUGCUGGACCUGGCAGGUCAGGGGAAGAAGCUGGUGUAUUUAAAACAACAUUUUUCUUUUACGCUUUUUCUCUUGUUGUUUAGCUUUUUAGUAUUGACUGCCCAACCUGAGGAAACCACAAAUCAGAUACUCAAAACUACAGUCAUUCAGCCAAGGCUGAAAUUGUGGACUGCAGAGCUUUGGCACCUCUGAGAAUUGGUCUCCACGCUGCCUCACGCUGGGCAGGCAAUAGCUAGCAAACCUGUCAUGAGCGCUACAGCCUCUGCCUCCUUGUUCUAGCCUGCCUCUGCACACCCCCGGCAGGCAACUGGGGACAGCCCUGCUUUGCACUCUUUCUUUGCAAAUGCUUUCUUUUUUUAAAGUGUUGAACUGCUUUAAGGAUAGUGUAGAGGAGGUGCCGUUCCGAGCAGCGCUAGCACAACAUGCACCAAUGUUGAUAGAAUGAUUGUCAUUGUCCAUUAAUAUAUAUAUAUGAGAUGAAGUUUUGUUUUUAAUGAUUGAAUUCCGAAAUAGAAAUUUUAAUGCUGUAUUUAAUAAAUUAUUCUAAGAGAAAUGUUGUGCUCUUUCAUCCAUUUCUGAUACUUACCCAUGUGCCUGUUCAUGCCAAAUCCAGGAAUGCACCUUGCUGAUUUCUUACAAAAUUAGGGAAGGUUUUUGCUCUCAUGGGAAAGAUGGUGACUUCUGCCAAGACAGCUCUGGGAAACAAGUAUCGUAUGGCCUGACUGACUGCAGUGCUGUGCCCUUAGUUCCAGGUGACUGGAGGGAGUUUGGGCUCAGCUCUGGAGAGCGUACCCGCCGACUGCAGCGUGCUGCUUCCCCGGCCCUGCAUUGAGAAGCCGUAGCUUGUCCAAGUGGCCUCUCUGCAGUCUUACUUCAAGCCAGAAAGGAAAAGGUGGACUGGUGGGGAGGAAGGAAGGGGAGAGUAGAUUCUCCCUCCAGGAGGAUGGAGAUGGGAUAGCCAAGGUCUGGCUGGAAAGGCUGGAGCCCCUCACCCCAUGGCUCUCUCCUAGGAGCUGUGCUCCUAAAGAACCGUUUGGAAGAGACAUACUAAAAAUGAAUGAGGGCUCCGCCCAAAAUGCACAGGCUUCAGUUUUACCAUGUCUGAAGUGUGUAGGUGUGCAAGGGUGUGCUCUAGAUGCUGCCACUGCAAGUAGCCUGAGGCUUGAUCUCUAUCUCGGACACAAGGGCCCUUCUUCACCCUCUGCUUGACUCUUGCUUCUUCCCAGCAUUGAUUAUUCAGGACUGACCCCUUUGCCUGGUGGUUUGUGCCUGCCAUGAAAAACAGUCUUGAUAUGCAGGGGGUCAAAGGCAGGUGCCUGUUCUUUCUUAAAGGUACAUCCCUUUGCUUGUGCUCUUCCUCUUCCUCCCAGUUAGUUGAACCUGUUUUGCCUGGCUCAGCACGUAGGUCCUGUGCCCUUCCUUGUUCUCUACAGUUAGUCUGUAGUUGUGCUGGUUCUUCUGUUAAACCAACAGGACAGACCCCUUUUUCUCAGUCAGUGUUACCUGUGCUUCUUUCCCCUUUCAGGACAUGCUUUUGUCUGCAGCCUGUAUUCUUCCUUUCAGGCCCGAACCCAAAUCCCUUUCCCGCCUCUGGAAAAGUUCCUAUGAGCUCUUCAACGAUCCUGGAUAUGGCAGGUUUGGGCUACAGCCUCCUGAGCCAGCUGAGGGGUGAGGAGAGCAGCCUGUGCUGGGGCUGUGGGUUCCCAGUUCCUCGUGCUGCGGUGUUGAAGCUGUGCUGCUUGUGGCGUGUUCAGCCUAUGCGCCUGUGGUCCUGGGCUGGAAAACUUGAAUGUUUCUUGGCUACUGUGGCUCAAGGCAGCGGGAUGCCCUUCUAGUUCCCCAGCCAGUGUUUGUCCUCCUAGUUUAAUCUUUGCAGCUGGGAACGCACAUCUAUGUUGCAGUCUCCGGAGAGGAGAGACCUGCUGUAUCCUACACAGCCCGUUGUGUUGUGCCCUGUGUUUCUACAAUGCUCCAGUACAUUUGAGCUUGCUCACCCAAAUUAUUUUUGCUGGACAACUGGCACUUCAGCACCUUUUGCUUUACGUGGUGUCCCCCCUGUGAAGCAAGGAGCAAAUGAUCAUGCUGCUCCUCGCAAGUAUCCAUCUCCGCAAGCAGCUUUGGAGGGAGCAGGAAGGAGCGGAGGGGUCCGAGAGCCUCUGCUGCAGAGGUGGGGGCACCUGUCACGCUUGUCACAAGCACCCGUUGCUACUCCAGUCAAGUCAUCUUGUCUGUUUGCCUGGAGAGAAGUGGUAAAACCGGAACUUACUGUCUGCUGCUGGGUGACCUGCCAUCAGGGCCCUCUGACACAGCAGCUAGGUGCUGUCUUAGGAACCGCAGAGUCAGAGCUAGACCUAGUAGUAAUCCUAGUUCUCCUUCCGGAUGCUCGGGCUGGGUGUGCAAAGGUCCUGCAGGGGAGAGGCCUCUCUCAGUCCUGCUGGCUGGCUCUGGCCAGGAUGCAGUUGGGGAUCAUCCUGUCUAAAUUGGUCUCUAAACAAUCUCACUAUUGUGCAAGAUGAUAGAAAUAUUUGCAAAGUCCUGUCGUUCUCAGUGGUCCUGUCCUGGUCUUGCUCCCUGUGCCUGUUCCCUAGUGCUGAUAGUGAACUGGGGCGCAAGAGCCUUCCUGAUGUUUCAUGGACCCUGUAGAAGAGGUCCAAGACUGCAGGAUGAAAGACACCCAUCUAGAUAGUCCACCUCUUCCUAAAUCUUCUCAAAGCUGUGACCCCAGGAUGCUAUGGUAGUGAGCUCUGCUGGGUAGAUGAGUACUUGAGGGAGUGUGAUGGGGCAGGAAAAAAACAUCCUGGGAUUUGAGUAUGUUCCCUUUUGGAAGUGGUGAGGGGACAGUCCCUCCCGCUCUCUGCCUUGCUGCUGUCUCUCUUCUUUGCAGCCUCUCUGAUUUCAAUCUCUUUAAGUUAUGGGAGCUCUUUUAGGCCCCUUGUCAUUCUUAUCUCCUCUUUCUGAAGUCUGUAAUAAGGAGGAAGACAGACUGUUCUCUGAACCCGGCUCUGGGUAGGAAACUUUAGUGCACAGGAAUUCAUUUAAAUUCUUGGCUCAAAUUUUCAAGCAAUUGUUUUGGGGGUUUUGUCUGAAAUGGGGAGGGGAAGUGGCGGGGCGUGAGUGAAGCUUGUGAGAUAAUUGUUUCCAAACUCAGCAUUCAAUGGAAAAUACCAAAAAUAUCUUCUGUCCUUUUUUUUUCUGCUGCUGCUUUUUUGUCUUUGGUGUUUUUGUUCUCGUCCCGCUCGCCACACGUGCAGCCUCCAUAUUUCCGUGUUAUUUGUGUCCCGCUAAAUGCUGCUUCGGCACCUGUCGUUUCGCCGUGUGCAUGAGCUGGGGAAAGGGCGGGAGGCGAGGGAUGAGGUGGCUUCUCGGUCCCCGAGCUGCCGUCAUCCCUCCUGAUGGAGUGAGUUGUUUGCUUGCUUCCCCCCUGCGUCUCGGCGCUGCCCUGCUUCUUCCCAUUGUCUGUUCACGCUGCAGCCUCUCUUGGGACAGUUUGUUCCCCCGCUGAGGUUUUGAUUUCAUCAGAAACCAUUAGGACGACAGGGUACGCGCCGAUAAUCUAAGCGCAAGCGGAGGGAGAGCGGGGAGGAGGGCUUUUGCUCCUCCAUUUCUCCAGCUCUUCUUUUUGGUGGACGUCGUGGUCUUUUUAGCUUUCUACUGAGCUUGCAGUAGUUUCGUAAAAGUAGAUAUUUUCUGCUAGUGACCGGAGAAGGAAGUUUUCCUAUUGAGUCAGCACAAAGUAGAAGAUAAAGGGUGGUCUGGGGUCUGUUUGUUUUUUAUUCUGUAUUUUAAGAUAUUUCCAAACAUCUGCAAUGGGAACAUCUGUCCUAUUCAUCCUCCCCAAGAAAGACUGGUGGGGAAAACCCCUCAAAACCCGUGCCCUUUCUUGUACCAAUACUCGUGUUGUAAUUCUUUACUCUUGUGGUUCUCUUUGCAGAUUCUGGGGUUUUAUACAACAGUAUUUCUGAUGGCUCUGUACAACCUAAUAUUUCUGCGCGUUUUAUUACAUGGUUUUAAAAUGUAAACUAAGUUUUACAUGUUUACCACAGCUUCUGGGGAGUUUUUUUUUGUCCUGGGUUUUAAACUACCAAAUGUAAAGAGCUGAAAAUGUAAAUAAAGAGCUCCUUUUGUAA